GAUUCAAAUCGUCUACAGAGUCGAAAGAAGAAUCUUCUUCUCCUUGUUAUGAACUUUUUGACGGAAGAAGGAUACCUUAACACGGCAGAGGCCUUCAAAACUGAGGCAAACAUUGAUUUUAGUGGUUAUUCUAUAUGUGACAACAUUGAUCUCGAUACAAUUUUGAUGGAAUUUGAAAGUUUUUACUUCGUAAAAUUUAGUAAAUACCCUCGAAUAUCAAGAAAAAGGGAUGGUAUUGUUAGAAGGACAACAGAGGUAUUGGCCAAGGAAGACGCGAAAAAUUGUGACAGCAGCCAAACUUUGCAUGAGUCUUUUUCGGACAUUGUGGCUGAGGGACGUGUUGUAAAUAAGUCAACAAGAGGCGCUCCCCUGAUUGAUUACCAACUGCUUUUAAGCAACGAAAAUAAUGCUACUUGUGAAGGCCAGAUGUCACAGGAACGAAUACUUAAGCCGCUGGGUUUGUUCGCUGGCUAUUCUCCAGAAUGGGCAGAACUCGCCCAAACCAUAUCACGAGAUAUAUACCUUCAAAACCCAAACGUGCACUGGGAUGAUAUCGUGGGUUUGGAGACAGCCAAACAGCUAGUUAAGGAGGCUGUUGUUUACCCACUUUCUGCAUUCUAUCUCCUUGGAAAGGUCUUUUACUUUAUGGACCUCCAGGCACAAACAAGAACAGGUAAAACCUUACUUGCAAAGGCCGUAGCAACGGAAUGUAAAACUACAUUUUUUAAUAUCUCAGCAUCUUCAAUUGUUAGCAAAUGGCGAGGCGAUUCCGAAAAACUUGUUCGUGUCCUAUUUGAAAUGGCUCGUUUUCAUGCACCAUCGACGAUAUUCCUGGAUGAAUUGGACUCGUUAAUGUCACAAAGAGGUUGCGAUGGCGUAGGUGCAGUGGGUCUGGGAGAGCACGAGGGGUCUCGACGCAUGAAAACGGAACUUUUGAUUCAAAUGGAUGGUUUAGCCAAGUCUGAUGACCUUGUAUUUCUUCUGGCGGCUUCAAAUAUACCCUGGGAACUGGACCACGCGAUGCUACGACGGUUAGAAAAACGGAUUUUGGUGGGUUUGCCCAAUUUUGAUGCAAGAAAAAGGAUGUUUGAAAAUCUUCUUCCACCGAAACCGAAAAUGCCCCAAGUUGGCACACCUCACUUAACUGCACAGAUUGAUUAUGCACACAUGGCAGAGUUAACCAAGGGCUAUUCUGGAUCAGACAUUCACUUGGUUUGUAAAGAAGCAGCAAUGAAUGUGGUGAGAAAGGUUUUUUCGGUUCUUGAUGAGGCUAAAAACAAUCAAGGUAAGUGCAACUUGUGGAAGAGAAGACGAAUUAAGGGUGGGUUGUGA